UCCACGUACCCCUUGUACCUCAUGACGAGACCGUGAUGGCAGAGUCAGAAUGGCCACCUUCAUCAUUUGUAAUGUGGGUCUUCUCGUCAGUGAAUGGACAAUGGGAGGAAAAGGCCUUCGUACGUCAAGGGCCGCCCGCAGGGACUAUUGCUCAAUUGGCAGCAUUCGAAUGGUGUCAUGCGCGUCAUGCCGUGUAUUGCCGUGGUGCGCUUUACGUGCAGCGCGAACACCAUUUUGUCAUCAGGUUAUCGUUAUCAGAUAGCACAUACCAGGUAAUUAAACCGCCCAAUACUCUUCAAUCCGUGAGAUACCAUGAUAGCUAUCUAGGAAAAUCCAAAAAGGGAGUGUACUAUGUACUAAUGCUUGGAAAUUCAAACCUUCAAGUAUGGGUCCUUGAAGAAUCGCGUGAUGGAUAUGCUGAGUGGAUGUUGGAGCAUGAUGUAGACCUUCAAGUACUAAUUCCACGUCUCAACUACCGCUCGCAAGCUUACGGGCCAUGGAUCUUGCAGGAUGUUAACUACAACGAAGAUAAGCAUAUCGCUAUUUACAACGAUAAUGAAUCUACAAUAGUAGACCAGGAUUUUGAAUGGAACUCCGAUGAUGAUGCCCUAGACACUGAAGAUAUGGUUGACGAUAUGGUUGACGCAGGCAACCACAAUGGUGCUUCGGUCCUUGGACUCCAUCCUUUCAAAGAAAUCGUCUUCCUAAGCCGUAGCAUAAGUAGGGGAUUGGCGUACCAUUUGAGUACUUCCAAGCUUGAAGACAUCGGUAGCAUAUAUCCAAAGUAUUACCGUGAAGUUUCUGGCCCGCAUAGAGAUAUUCAAGAUUUUUUUCCAUACACGCCUUGCUGGAUGGAGUAGCUCCCCAGUAAAACUUUAUUCCGAAGAAAGAACAACUCCCUCUGAUUGAUAAUUGCUGUCAUGGUUUUAGUGGAAGUUUGCAUUGACUAACUGGUUAAGUUGGUGCAAGCUUGUACAAGACAAGAGACAUAUAUUUUUCUCAUUCUUAAGGACUCUGAUUUUCUGAUUUAUUUUGUUAUUGCUAGCAAAAUGAGUUGUAGCAACAUUUUAAUUGAAUAUUUUUUAGGCCAUUGAGAAUUUUA